UGUUUAGGGAGACGAUAAAAUCAGUUUCUUACACUCGGAAGCGGAACCGCUGCAGAACGCUUCAAUGGCCACGGCAGCAGCAGCAGCUGCUGCAUAUAUGGCAUUUUCUUCGUUUCAUCUGUCUUCAUCAGUGUUCAUGAGACCUAGUCUCAGUUGCAGAAACCUUAGAACAAUCCCUCCCAUAAGGUGUUCAAUUUCAUCUCCGUCUGGGGAGUUUAACAUCUCCUUCGGCUCUGGCCGUAAAGAAGCCCCGAAGGACAAACUGGUCUCAGAAGACGCUGCUAAACAAGACCACAGCUUCCAGCAACCACCUUCCCACCCGCUCUUCAUUCCAUGGAUCGUUCGAGACGAAAACGGCAAUCUCACUCUCCAAAUGACUCCUCCAGCUCGGUUUCUCCACGCCAUGGCCGAUGCAAAAACCACAUCCACGGGUGUGAAGAAGAAGAAGAAGCCUACCAAAGCUGUUGCUCCGACGCCAGGGCCCAAGCAUUCCAAGGCCGCUCGGAGGUUUUACAAUGAGAACUUCAGGGAUCCCCCUCAGAGACUCAGUAAGGUUCUCGCAGCUGCUGGUGUGUCAUCAAGACGAAGCAGCGAGGAGCUUAUUUUUGAGGGCCGGGUGACUGUUAAUGGUUCUGUGUGCAAUACUCCGCAGACUCGUGUUGAUCCAGCAAGGGAUGUAAUAUAUGUGAAUGGAAGUCGCCUUGCUAAGAAGCUUCCGCCAAAGGUGUAUUUUGCACUGAACAAGCCAAAAGGGUACAUAUGCUCAUUUGGAGAGAAAGAAUCUAAAUCUGUCAUUUUGCUGUUUGAUGAUUUCUUGAAGAACUGGAAUAAGAGAAAUCCAGGAUUACCAAAACCAAGAUUAUUUACUGUUGGUCGUCUUGAUGUUGCCACAACUGGGCUGAUUAUUGUUACCAAUGAUGGAGAUUUUGCUCAAAGACUCUCACAUCCAUCAUCUAAGUUAUCGAAGGAAUACAUUGCAACUAUAGAUGGAAGUGUCAAUAAGAGACACUUGAUAGCUGUCACCAAAGGCACAGUCAUUGAAGGCAUCCAGUGCACCCCGGAUUCUGUGGAGCUACUGCCACAACAGCCAGACAUGUCAAGACCUCGACUCCGCAUUGUGGUUCAUGAAGGCAGAAAUCAUGAAGUUCGAGAGAUUAUUAAAAAUGCUGGGCUAAUGCUUCAUUCACUUAAGCGUGUGCGGAUAGGUGGUUUCAGGCUUCCAUCGGAUCUUGGGCUUGGGAAACAUGUCGAACUAGAACAGAGCGACCUUAAGUCAUUGGGCGGAAAAAUCUAGAGAAAAGCCGCUUGAUGAGACAGGCAUUUUUUAUUUCCAGUUGAAAGCUGAUUCAAUUGUUGACCAUGUUCUAUAUUGUGAUUCAGCUGUCAGUGAGGACCACUUUCGACCUGCUGUCUGCUACUAUCUGAUACUCUAGAUGAUCAACCGACUGAAUGGUGUAGUCCACCAUCCUACAAGUAGCUCAUGCUCUAUUUUGGUCUAUACUGUUCAUACGGUUGAAUUUUUGUCUAUGAGACGAGAGUAAAGUUCACAGACCAUAUUUGGGCAUGGAUCACCUCCUGUUAAGAGUUAGGGCUGUAUGUAUGUAAUAUUAUAAGCCUGAUAACAGAAAGGCGAGCUGGGCUGUUCAUGUUAUAUUUAUAAAGACUGAAGUUCGGGCAA